GUUAAUUUUAUGUCCAUAUAUUGCUUAUCUCCAAUUUUCCAACUUGUAUUCAACUAUACAGCCUUCUCUCUUCUUUCUUUUCUUCAAUCAAAACUAGUUAUUCCUAAAGAUGGCUGAUGCCUUUCUGUCAUUUGCAGUUCAAAAAUUGGGUGAUUUCCUCAUACAACAAGUUUCGCUGCGUAAAAAUCUGAGAAAGGAAUUUGAGUGGCUGAGAAAUGAGCUACUCUUCAUACAGUCUUUCCUCAAAGAUGCAGAACUAAAGCAAUGUGGUGAUCAUAGAGUUCAACAAUGGGUGUUUGAGAUCAACGGUAUCGCUAAUGAUGCUGUUGCUAUACUCGAGACUUACGCCUUUGAGGCUGAUAAAGGUGAUGAUGAUGAUGAAUUUCAUAGUCGUCUCAAGGCUUGCGCUUGCAUCUGUAGGAAGGAGAAGAAAUUCUACAACGUGGCAGAGGAGAUUCAAUCACUCAAGCAGCGAAUCAUAGAUAUAUCUCGCAAGCGAGAUACUUAUGGUAUUACAAAUAUCAAUUCAGGAGAUGAAGGGCCAAGUAAUCAGGUUACAACAUUGAGGAGAACUACCUCAUAUGUAGAUGACCACGAUUACAUUUUUGUUGGACUUCAGGAUGUUGUACAAACAUUGCUAGCUCAACUUCUCAAACCAGAGCCUAGUCGAACCGUCCUCUCCAUUUAUGGAAUGGGGGGUUUAGGCAAGACCACUCUUGCGAAAAAACUUUACAACUGUCCUGAUAUAGCCUCUAGUUUCCCUACACGUGCUUGGAUAUGUGUUUCUCAAGAGUACAACACAAUGGAUCUUCUUAAGACUAUCAUAAAAUCCAUUCAAGGUCGCACCAUGGAAACUCUAGAUUUGUUGGAGAGGAUGACGGAAGGAGAUAUAGAAAUUUAUCUUCGUGAUCUAUUAAAAGAACGCAAAUUCCUUGUGGUGGUUGAUGAUGUAUGGCAAAAAGAAGCAUGGGAGAGUUUGAAAAGAGCAUUCCCAGAUAGCAAGAAUGGCAACAGAGUCAUUAUUACAACACGCAAAGAGGAUGUCGCUGAAAGAGCAGACGACAGAGGUUUUGUUCAUAAACUUCGUUUCCUAAGCCAAGAAGAAAGUUGGGAUCUCUUUUGCAGGAAACUACUUGAUGUUCGAGCAAUGGUUCCAGAAAUGGAAGGUCUAGCUAAGGAUAUGGUGGAAAAGUGUAGAGGCUUACCUCUUGCAAUUGUUGUAUUGAGCGGACUACUUUCGCAUAAAAAGGGGCUAAACGAAUGGAAAAAAGUGAAAGAUCACCUUUGGAAGAACAUUAAAGAAGAUAAAUCUAUUGAAAUCUCCAACAUACUAUCAUUAAGCUACAAUGAUUUGUCAACUGCGCUCAAGCAGUGCUUUCUCUACUUUGGUAUUUUUCCAGAAGAUAAAGUGGUCAAGGCUGAUAACAUAAUAUGGUUGUGGAUGGCGGAGGGUUUCAUACCCAGAAGAAGAGUAGAAAGAAUGGAGGAUGUCGCUGAAGGCUUCUUGAAUGAACUGAUAAGAAGAAGCUUGGUUCAAGUGGUGGAUACAUUUUGGGAAAGAGUUACUGAAUGUAGGGUUCAUGAUUUACUCCAUGAUCUUGCGAUACAAAAGGCAUUGGAAGUAAACUUCUUUGACAUUUAUGAUCAGAAAAGUCACUCCAUAUCUUCUUCAUGUAUCAGACAUGGCAUACAUAAUCAAGGAGAAAGGUACCUCUCACUUGAUCUUUCUAACUUAAAGUUGAGGUCAAUUAUGUUCUUCGAUCUAGAUUUUUGUAAGAUGAGUCUUAUAAACUUCAGGAGUGUGUUCCAAUAUCUAUAUGUGUUGUACUUGGAUAAUUUUGGUGGAAUUAUCCCUGAUGCCAUAGGAAGUUUGUACCACCUCAAGUUGUUAAGUUUGUCAUCUAUCCGUUAUCUUCCCUCUUCCAUUGGCAACCUCAAGAAUCUGCAGACACUUGUUGUCGUAGAGGGCGCAUACACUUUCCAACUACCCCGCGAGGCAGCUGACCUGAUAAAUUUAAGACAUUUAGUUGUUCCAUGUGUAGAACCCCUGUUACAUAUAAACAAACUCACUAAUCUUCAAGUUCUUCAAGCCAUCCAAUGUGAUCAAUGGAAAGAUAUUGACCCUGUUGAUUUAGUCAAUCUUCGAGAAUUAAGAAUGGAUAGUAUUAGGAAAUCUUACUCUCUAAACAACAUUAGCAGCUUGAAAAACCUUGACUCACUCGAAUUGUCUAGUGAAUUUAUUGAAUCAUUCCCAUCUAUUGAAUUUGUAAUUCGUUGUGAAAAGCUCCAGAAAUUGUAUUUAAAUGGGAUCAUAGAGAAACUGCCUAAUCCGUUUUCGAAUUCCAUCACAAUGAUGACUAUGAGUCACUCAAAACUGACAGAAGAUCCGAUGCCUAUUUUGGGAAUGUUGCCAAACCUAAGGAAUCUCCAAUUAAUAGAAGCUUAUUUGGGAAAAGAAAUAAUAUGCAGUGAUAACAGCUUCUGUCAACUACAAUUUCUUAAUCUUUCUAUGCUUUAUCACCUAGAAACAUGGCAUUCAGGCACAAACGCUAUGCCUCUCAUUAAAGGUCUUGGUAUCGAUCACUGUCCAAAUUUAAAGGAGAUUCCUGAGAGAAUGAAAUGCGUGGAGCUGUUGAAGAGGACUUCUAGGUCUUCAUAAUCUAAGAGGUUUUAGUGUUUGAUUUCUUGUUUUUGAGUGACUCUAAUUAUUGGUUUGAACAUAAAUUGCUUUACUUUAUCUUCUCUUGCUUUGAACAUAAUUGGUUUGUAACAUAAUAUCUAAAGUGUGGAGCUUGAAGAUUCUGAUUUUAAUGUGAAUUUAUGAGUUAAAAUUUUAUAUGAAUUUGUCAAUUUUAUAUAUA